AUGGAAAAGAAUUCUGUUUCAAUAAAUAAUUCUAGGAGUAGUACUCUGAAAUAUAAAGAUCAGGACCUCCUGUUGUUUGGAUCCAGCAGAGAAAGCACGAUACCAAUAAAUAAUGAGAUCAUUAGUACAGAGAAGCGAGAAUAUGGAACAGAAAACUACUCGAUUGAUGCAAUAGAUUUUGGAAUAUAUGAUUUGCUAUCAAGUUCAUCAGAAAAUUCCAGCAUCUCUUUCACAUCAAGUUUUAAUGAAUCCACAUCCUCAUUAGAGAACUACAGUUGGAGUUCCUGCAAAAUUGAAUAUGAUAAACGACAAACGAUAAUAGACAGUAAAUGGGGUGGUUUCGCUUUACAUAUGAGACUUUGGGAUGAUGAUAAUGCUCCUGUAAUAAAAGUCAAAACCAUUCAAGAUUUUGAAUUGAGUUUCUCAGAAUACACAGGAAUCCUCUCCGAUAGAGUAGUUGGUGCAUGUUCAACAUUUUUAAGCAAAUCUCCUGAAAAUGGAUUGUACGUUUUGAGUAAAUGCCAGUUAAAAACAAUGAAUCUAAGGGAUAUUUCUAUUCUCCGUUAUCAUCGUUAUAUCCAAUACUUGGAUUUAUCUUACAACAAUCUUACAGACAUAACAGCACUCAGUGAUAUUCCUUAUCUUAUGUAUCUUAAUGUAUCACAUAAUAGACUUCAAAAUGUUUUGCGAUUUUCGCCACCGUGGUACCUGACCUAUGUCAACCUAUCUCAUAAUGACAUAACAGUAAUAGAUGACCUCAGCGAAUUUUGGAGUAUAGUCAGGCUCGAUCUCUCUCAUAAUGCCAUUGAGAAUAUAACAGGAUUACAAAAUCUAAAGCAUCUUCACUAUCUGAAUUUGUCUUACAAUCUUAUUGAGGUAGUAGAAAAUUUAGAUAAGAUGAAUAUACAGGAAUUGAAUCUGGAAUACAAUUGUAUAAGCAGUUUUGUGUCACGGGAUCCAGAGGAUGGAAUAAAGACAUUACCAAAUCUUCGUACCUUGAUAAUGGGGCACAAUAAGAUUAUGACAUUAGAAUUCUUUAAAGGCGCAUAUGGUCUACGUCUUAUAGAUUUGAAGUAUAACAAGAUAGCUGACCUUAUGGAAGUUUCUCAUUUGAAAAGUUUUGUUUAUGAGGUUGAUCUCAGAGGUAAUCCAUGUACAAAGUGGCCAAAUUAUAGAGACGUACUUUUAUUCACAAUGCCCAGUGUUAUGUAUGUGGAUGGUGCUGGUGUUUCCAUUACUGAAAAGGUUUCUGCUGCAGAGAUGUUUGCACCAUCAGUUGAGCUGAUAUCUGCUCGCAACGUAACAAAAUUAGUCUUACUUGAACAACUGAAUAUACCAAAAAUUGAUAUGCAUGUUAGUCCUUACGAUGAGGUUAGUCCACCUAUAAUAAUUCUGAGUGGACCAUCGACAGUGAAGAAAACAUUACUGGCUAAGACAAUAGCGAACGCUCUUCCCAAGAGGGUCAGAUUCUGUAGAAAUCACACGACCCGCGAUGGUCCAGACUGUGAAGAAGAUAUGGAAUGUUUUCACUUUGUAAAACGUGAAGAUUUUAAUGAAAUGGUACGCAGAGGAGAAUUCCUUGCAAUUCAAGAAUUAUUGGGACAUAGUUAUGGAUUUCAUAUUAAUGAAAUAGCCUUGGUCGCUUCUGAGAAGAAAAUUGGUAUAACGCAAAUGGAUCUCUUUGCCACAAUACAAAUGGAGAGUCGCUAUGCAAAUACGAAAAUGGUAAUGGUUCUUACAAAAGAUGAGGAUUUACAUCGUCAAUGGAUAAAAGACAAAUUUGAAAUAUUCACGUGGAUGAAGGAUAGCGUGGAGAAUCUUCUUGCUGUUAAAAUAGGCGGUAGAGUUGGUAUUGAUAGUGUGGAAUCUAGUCUGAGUAAAAUGGACUUCAUUACUGAGAUAGUAAAUGAUGUUAUUGAAGACCUUGAUCUACCAACAUAUGGUAUAUGGGUAAGACCACAAGGCACUGGAGCUACCGCAACAGAUAUUAUACUGGAGAGUCAAACAUUAUUACCAAAAGUAACAGUAACUAGAAGUCAAUUAGAAUUGGAAGAGAAGAAACAUAUUACGUUUAGGGGUGAACAACAAGACGAUAUAACACAUACUGUUGGCCCAGUCCAAACAUCGGAGGAACAAUUUCAAAAGUAUUCAGAAUUGAAGGUUCUUCUGGAUGAGAAAUCCAAUAUAAUAAUAGAAGAUGAAGAUUCAAAACGCAAAAAGCAACGUGAAAAAGUAUUGUUAAGACGGAGUCAAAUGAAAUUCGAAGAUGCUGAAUUUGUACCAAUUGAAGAGCUUGAUGAGGAUUCGAGUGAAGAAUCCAUUCCACAUGCACCUAGGAAGAAAGUGGAUCACCCAGACAAUUUAAAAGAUGAAUUUGUGAAAGUUGUUAUAGCCUCAAGAAGAAUGUACAUUGAUCACCACUUAAAUAAUCCUGGAUUUUAUUCUCUAGUUUUAUUUGUGGAUGAUUUUAAAAACGCCUUCAACUCCCUGAUGGAUUUUAUUUAUGAAGUCUAUAUAAAUCAUCCUCUCCGAAAGCCAAGAUAUGACUUCACAAGUGACAAGUUACCACAGGAGUUAAUCAACAACAAAAUAACUUUGAUAACAAAUCAAUUCCAAGAGCAAUUAUCCACGGGAAAGAUGCAACAGAAAACUUUGAGCACAUCCUAUGGUCUGACAUCUUCGAAUGAAGUAAUGGAUGCCCAAAUGACUCUGCAGGAGAAAGAUUUCUUUUUCAAUAUGGAAUCCCAUUUUUGAGUGGAUUAUCUUUUAAA